GAAACGGAAAUACGGAUGUUGUGUUAGCAUUACGUUCAGAGAGCUAGCUUUGGGGUGCUAUCGUUCCUUUAGAGCUCAGUACUUACAUUAAUUUAAUUCACAGCAGGUACGUUGACCGUUGUUAGUUUUUUUUAAAAACACAUUAGGAUAUAAAGUAUAACUGCGUUAUACGUUAGCCUCCAUUUACUGUUUAAAAGUUAGCUUAACGCCACCGUUAGCUCUGUUGCCGCUGCUUUGUUGACGCCUAGCUGCAGAGAAGAAUUUGCAGUUGGCACAAAGCGUCUGAGGGACCAUGGCAGAUCCUGCACGAAUAAAGUCUGAGGGUGCACCUGAAAGGACAAGUUCUGCUAACGAAGAGCAUCCUAAAUCAGAGGAAACGGAAAAUGUAUCUGCCUCAGAAAAACCUGCAAAUGAAAAAGAGUUGUCCUCGCAAGAUCAGCCAAAACAGGAGGUUAAACUGGAAACAGCAGCAGUAGUAGAAGAUGAGGAAGAAGGAUCCUCCGGCCAGCCUUCUUCCAAAAGACUGAAGGUGGAACCAGAGAAGAAAAAGGAGAAGCGCCACAAGGUUGAUGAAGAUGAAAUCCAAAAGAUGCAGGUGUUGGUGUCGUCCUUUUCUGAAGAGCAGCUGAAUCGCUACGAGAUGUACAGGCGCUCUGCCUUUCCUAAGGCUGCCAUUAAGAGGCUGAUCCAGUCCAUAACAGGAUCAUCAGUGUCCCAGAAUGUGGUGAUUGCAAUGUCUGGCAUUGCCAAGGUUUUUGCUGGGGAAAUUGUUGAGGAAGCAUUAGAUGUUUGUGAGAAGUGGGGAGACACACCACCGCUGCAGCCCAAACAUAUGAGGGAAGCAGUGAGGAGGUUGAAGAGCCGAGACCAGAUUCCUAACACCAAGUACAAGAACAUUCUCUUUCACUGAGGCACUUGCACUGUACAUUAUGAGGAUGCUGGUGAUCAAUAAGUGGUGAAUCACAUGUGAGAAACUUGACAUGAAGCCAGUGCAGCCAAAUAAGCCGUGACUCUUCUCUACUAAGCGACCAAGCUCAGAAACUUGCAUUGAAGAAUGGUCAAGAAAGCUGCGAAGUAAAGCUGAAAAGUCGACCGGCCACUCAUCCCGAACUGUCAAAGUUAAUGCUCCUUACCACACAGUUCCAACGGUAGUAAAUCAUGUUCAGAAUUGCCACAAGUUUUAUACUUGAGAAUAUUAAAUGUUUUGUUCUUGUGCCUCAACUCGUUUACGUUUUUCGGUGAAAUGAAUUUACAAUGGGUUCAGAAUAUGUACACGUUUUCUUUUACAGUUAUGCAGGCGCACAGGAUUUUCAUUUUAUUUCUUGAAGUUUAAAAAAAUGGUCGUAUCCUUUUUAAGAUCCUUCCUUUGUCAUAACUCAAUCACAUUUUUCCUAUCAUAAUUGAACCUUUUACAGAUUAAUUGGAAAAGUGGUUCUUGAAAAACUGAACUCAAACUUAGUGUAAAUUUUUUUGCAAUUUUUCUUGGACAUUUGUAAUUUUCUAUUGAGGUUAAUGUCACAAAUAUGAUGGAUCACAGUCAUAAAAGACUUUGAACAUACAAGUUUCUGUAUAUUCUGAAAUGAAAAAACUAUGAAUGCAGUAGACUGUUAUAUGAAAACAUGGAUUUUCUAUUAAAACAUACGGACAACCAAAA